AUGGCUUUUCUGCCUUUCAAAAUACCAUUUUUGCUACCAGCAACCAAACCAGUGUCUGAUCCACAACUUGCAUCUACUGAAGAAGAAGUAGAAUCUACCCAAAACUCUACACAAGUCUCUACUGAUGUCCCUGCAGUCGCUACAACCUUUUCACGUCCUAUUCCUUUGAAAGAUGUAACUACUAAUGUCACUUCACAAUCGAUUAAGCCCAAGAAAAAAAAUCCUAUUGUUAGCACUUUUGUGGUCAAUACAACCAAGAAGGCUACAACUUUUGCAUAUAAAAAAGUCAAUAGUUCUUCUGCAUUUAUUUCCUUUAAGUUAGCCAUGGUGGACUUUUUUGAGCACUUGUUUCGACUAGCAUUUACAAUCACAACAAAAAUUGUGUUUUUGCUUCGCGACUUGCUCAUUAAUACGCUUAACAUUUUAUAUUCUGCUGUUUUGAUACCACUUGACCUAAUUUUGAUUGUAGCCCAUAGCACAUGGCUUCAUUUUGCAUAUAGGAUUCUUGACAAAAAGCGUACCAAACUUACUGAACAAGAUCCAUCAAUAAUACCUAAGGAAGAAGAAAAGCGUCGCAUCCAACGGCAGAAUCAAGAACUUGCUGAUUUGACUACAACAAGAACACUUUUUUGGUCAGGAAAACCUCUUUCUAUUCGUUCUUACUUUUUAGAUUUUAUGGGGAGUCGCAUAAAUGACGAUGAUAAUGAUGUUGAAGGUUCACCAUUUAUCAAAGAAUCUAUCAUACCAAGUCAGCUAUUUCCUCGUCAUCUAGGACUUGACAAUGGUGAAAUUCCCAGCCAAAUUAAUUCUUCAAUUAACCCAGUUCAGUCUUCAGUAGAACUAGAGUUAAACCAUAAUCCAGCAAGAGACAAUUUAACUGAAGGGUUUAAGCAUUUUGAUUCGUCGAAACGGCAACUAGGGAUUACUCAGUAUACUAAGUUUAGUGACCAACUUUAUAAGAGGCGGUUACAAGAGCUUCCACGAAAACCUCUGGAUAAUUACCGAAGGUUGUCUCAAAAUGUAAAUACAAUUAAUGAAAGGGGACAAACUGAAGAUGCUUUAACGGACCAAGAGUUUAGCUACGAAGUGCCCUUGUUUGUGGAAAAUAGUGGUGAUCAAAGUCUGAUGCAUAAUAGUAAGGCUACGCCAUCAGCAUACUACAAAUCCGUUGAACCAUUAAACAUUAGUCAACACAAGGGAUUUAGAAGAACUGGUUUACCGACUGUAAAGCCCGGUACUCGUCACAUGUCUUUGUCAUCUAUGCCGCCAGAGUCCAAGCUGACGGGAGAUGUAAUUGUAAAAGAACGUUCAGAAGCAGAUGUUAGACGUCCGUCAACGAUGCAGUUUGGGUCAGGAGUCGGACCUUCUCGGUCAUUAUCUGAAGCAGCAGCAGCUAAAAAGAAGUUUAAUGUCAAUAAUGCGGCAGAUGAGAUUUUAAAAUUCUCUAAUGAUUUUAAGAAACUAAUGUCAGAAACGCCAAUCUCACCUCCAAUUUUACCAAGCAGAGGUGAUGAAAGCAGUGGGAUUGAUCCUCGAAAGCAGAUUUUUUUGCCCAAAAUUGAUAUGGUAGUAGAAGAAAAGGGAAAUGAUGAAUUAAAAGCGUCUGAAUCACAGGAGCCUACUGCACAAGAAGAAAAAGAACAGAAAAAUAAGCAAAUUCAUAAAGCCAUUGAAGCUGCUAAUAAUAUUUCAAUUAGUGGCACACGAUCUUUUUACAAUACCAAUAACUCUCAAGCUGUUUCCUCAUCAACAGGUCCUUUAGAUGCAUCAGGUAAAGGCCUUUGGAAUAACUUGGCUUCCAAGAUGUUUGUCAAGACUACUGAAGUAGCCCCCAAGCCAAAUCCACGUCCUCGGUUACCAACUCUUGAAUCAGAAAUAAGUAUGAACAGUAGUGUUUCUGUGACUGACUCAGAUGUUGGGGAGUCUAAGGUGAAAAAAAAGGAAGAAAUUUCAGGAAGGAAAAAGCAUCGCAGGUGGUUUGGUGAGCCUCGAUGGGUACAUCAACUGGCUGAUGAGAGUUCUGACGACUAUGGCGACGUUUUGACUACGGGUACUGAAGAUAAUAAUGAAGUGGAAACAGAUGAGGGUAAGGCUAUUGGUGCUGCCGUUUUAAGUGCUCGCAAAAAACGGGAAAAAACCGGUGGGGAUGGCCGCACAGGGGUUCUGCGUGAGGCUGCUAUUAAAAAACAACAACAUCGUUCUAAAGUAGGUGAUGCUGCUGCUUAUGAAGAAGUGCCUGCGGUACACAAAGACCAACCAAUCAGGUGGACCAAUAAUCAAGACUUGGGAACGUUGCAGCUCCCUCACCUUGGUGUCAGUGCCAAUUCAUCAAUGGUUGAUUUGGAAGCUUCUUCUGGUGGUGGAAGACUGAGACUUCAUUCUGCUCACGAGUAUUUGAAUACCGAAGCACAGGCAACUGUCGAACCUAAACAAAGGACUGCUAAUGAAUACUCCAUGCUUGAAGUCCCCAUACUGUCUGGAGUUGUGGCUCGGUCCCCUGAUUUCUUAUCCAUGUCGGCAACUGCAAUCACUUUGAGUCCCGAAGAGACUACUGGCAGAUUAGCACUGGGUCAUCUUAGUGAAGACCAUAUUGAUUCCGCUGCUACAAUAACAUUACCAACGGCUACGGCUGCAACUACAGGGGAGGAAAAUGAAAAUGGAGACGGAAUGACAAGAGUACGGGGGGCACAUAUGAAAUUAUAUGGACGACGGUUGGCUAACAAGCUUAAACGGCGAGCUCAACGUAAAGAAGGGGUAGAUGAAAGCGAAGGCGGUGGUAGUGCUGUUGAGAGCAGUGCAACCAUGCUUGCUAAUGAACUAAUUGAGGGCUCUUCAGGAAAUAACAUUGAGACUACUGGUGGAGAGAGUGCUUGGGUGGAUGAAGAAAGCGAUGCAGUCUCCAUUGAGGUUUAA